AUGUCGGCGGGCAUCAUUACACUCGAGGAGAGCCCGCAGAAUCCCGCGCAGAGCAAAGUUAAAGUCGAAGAUGCGCUCUCCUACUUGGAUCAGGUCAAAAACCAGUUCAGCGAAGAGUCCGGGACAUACACACAAUUCCUGGACAUCAUGAAGGAUUUCAAGAAUCAAUCGAUUGAUACGCCGGGCGUGAUCCGCAGGGUGUCGCAGCUGUUCAGCGGCCGCCCGCAGCUGAUCAUGGGCUUCAACACGUUUCUCCCGCCCGGGUUUAAAGUGCUGAUGAAUGAGGGCAGCAACAAGAUUAUGAUCAGCGAACCGAACGGGAAUAUACAGGAGGUUUGCGAGAUUAACGCAACUGGACCGCCUGGCUCUACGCCCGGCAUCGUACUUCCCGCCACCGUGGCUUCAACUUCAGCCUCAGCUCGCUUUCCGCUGCCACCGUCGCAGGGCCCCCUUGAAAUCCCGAAUCGCGCAUCGGCCGACCUUCUGCUCGGCUAUGUUCAUCAACAGCCCGAGCCGACCGUUCAGCAAGUUAUAACGGGUCAAAUCCCGGUUUACCGCAGCGCCAGCGGCCGGUUACACCCCGAGAUGACUGUCAAGCAACAGAUCACGCUCCAAAUGGCGGCCAACCAACAAGCACAGCGGCUUGCUCAGCAACAAGCUCAAGCUCAAGCCACGGCGAAUGAAGCCGCACAAGCGGCAGCUGCGGCGGCGGCUGCGGCUCCGGUUGCAGCGGUUAAGACGGAGACGAAACCGCAAAUAUCAGAUAUCCUGAACGCUCAAGCCGCCCCCGCGCCCACAGCUAAAGAGGAACGGCCAAAGCAGCCGAAUUUGGGAAAUGCUGCCUUCGACCAAGCACUGGAAUACGUCAACAAGAUCAAGACUCGCUUCAACACCCAGCCAGCCGUCUACAAGUCGUUCCUAGAUAUUCUCAGCUCGUACCAGAAGCAGGAGAAGCCCGGAACCGAGAAGACAAUCCUCGACGCCAUCGGGAAGCUAUUCGAAAAUGAGUCGGAUCUGCUGGAGGAGUUCCGCAUCUUCCUGCCCGAGGCCAACUUGAUGGCCGCCAAGCGGCGGGUGGAGGCGCAGAAGAAGGAAGAACAGAAGGAGCGCGGCUCAUCCGCGGAGGAAUCUGACGAAGAGCAACCAAAACCGGAAGGCACCGGCGGCCCGAAGUUCCACAGCGAGCUGGCCCACGAGAUCGACUACAACAGCUGCAAGCAGCUCGGCGCCUCCUACCGGGCCCUGCCUGACACCAAGGACAAGCCGGUGUGCUCGGGGAGGACGAGACUCUGCCGAUCGGUGCUCAACGACAAAUGGGUGUCCUUCCCCUCGUGGCUGUCCGAAGACUCAUCGAACGUCUCGCAGAAGAAGUCGGCGUAUGAGGAAUAUUUGCAUCGAACUGAGGACGAUAGAUUUGAGUUGGACAUCGUCAUGGAGGUCAACAAGUACGCGAUCACAUGCCUUGAGUCGAUUCUGAAGAAGCCUAAGAAAAAGGAGGUCAUCCUCGACGAUGCGCUCGGCUCGACGUCGGCAAGCACGAUUCAGAGAGCAAUCAAAAGAAUCUACGGUGAGGCCUCCUUCAAAGUCAUCGAAGCCCUGAAGAAGAACCCCGGUUCGGCAGUGCCAAGAGUGUUGGAGAGACUCCGCCAGAAACAGAAUGAAUGGAAAGAGGCAAAGACGAAGAUGAACGACAUCUGGAAGGAGCACAUCGAGAAAUACUUCUACCGCGCGAUGGACCACCAGUCGAACGCGGCGAAGGCGCUGGAUGCAAAGUGGAUGAGGCACAAGACGCUGAUACAUCAGAUUGAGAAGCUGUUUGAUGAACGGCAAAGGAGAUCCGAAGUCGGCGAGGUGAGCGACGAGGGCCCACAUCUAAUCCUGAUGUACCCGAGUGAUAUGACGAUCAUCCACGACGUCAACGACCUGCUGCUGCACCACGUCAGGAGGGGAUAUCAAAAGGAGGAGAAGGAGAAGAUGAAAGAGGUCAUCCGAAAGUGGAUCCCCGAAUGGUUCGCCGUCCAGCGCGAGCCGGACAGUGAGGAUGAAGAAGCCUCAACUUCCACCGCCGAAGACACGCCACUGAAGAGACGGACUCGCCUCCAAGAAAAGCUGAGCAAGCGGAAGAGCGGCGACCCCGAGAAAUUGAGGCGGAAGACCCAGAUGAUGUGGACGAGGCCAAAGUGUAGUACGACGUAUAGAAUGGUCUACGGUGCCAAUCCGCUGUUCGUCUUCUUCCGACUCCACGGCAUGGUUUGCGAUCGACUUUCAAAACUCAAGAAACGUCAAGAGAAGAUGAUCGAGGAGUAUUUGUACGAUGUCGAGAUGCAGAAAAAGCGGGCGGAAAUCUACGAAAAGCACGGGAAGGACAUCAUUGGAUGCGAGCUGAACGCCAGCGACCCGUUCAACGGGCUGGCGGUGUUCAAGCCCCCGCCCGUCAACCCGGAGAAGCACUACGAGAGGGCGCUACAGGAAGUGAAGAAUCUGAUGGACGGCGCGAUGGAGCUGACCACCUACGAGGAUAAUAUACGGACCCUUUUCCCCACGGAGCUGCAGAACAUCAUCGUCAUGGACAAGUUCAUCCUCAAUAUGGGCAAACAGUUGCACCAGCUGGUCAUUGAAGAUCCGGAACCGUUCUGUACGCUCGCCUCCUAUCAACGCUUCCGCAUGGAGAAGCCGGCAAAGCUGUACGAGUUCGAUGAGAACUGCUUCAACAUUGAGCUGGCGUACGCCGACCAUGCGGAACGAGCGCUGCUGAAGGAGAAUUGCUUCAAGAUUCAGAUUAUGCACAAAGUGGACGACCCCAGGGUUACGAUCGAACUCGUUGAUACCGAGAAAGAGUUGGAGGAGUACGAAGCCGAAAAAGACAAGCGUACGGCCGAUACGAAGCGGCGGCUCGAGAUCCGGAGAACGGCAAAAUACUUGCCGUCGCUGGGCGAGGAGGAGUACAUCCCAUCUGUGAAAGCCCUGCCCGCCCCGACGCAAUUAAAGCGGAACCUCCGGAAAGUGCAGGCUGGCCCGGGCGCUGAGCAGAAGUUCACGAUCGACACGACGGCUACGGUGCUUCGAAAGCCGUAUUCGGCGUCCUAUAACCCGAACAUGUGCAUGCGGAUGAGGUUGGGGAAGCGGACGAGGAAGGAAAGGAUGCAACAGCUCCAAAAAUUCGCAAAACGGCGGGCCGGAAAAAUCGCCCGGUUGUGUGAAGGGCACUUUACGGAAUCCGAAGAGACGGCUUGCGAUGAAUGGCUGAAUGAUGGACUGCAGAGGUACUCCCUCUUCAACCCGGACUUCGAAUUCCUCACCUACGGCCGUUACCUAUCCCAGAUGCCCGAA